AUGGUGAAGCAUCAAUAUGAGGGUAGAGAAACAGAGCUAGUGUGGAGCAAGUUUCUAGAAUUGUUUAAUGAGAAAUACUUCCCUGAAGCGGGGCGAAGGCAAAAGCAAGUGGAUUUUCUCAAUUUGAAGCAAAAUGACAUGUCAGUGGCUCAGUAUGAAUCCAAGUUUGCGGAGUUGUCGAGGUCUAAGGGACUGGGUCGUAGCAAGAAGCCAUACACCCAAGGUCAGGGCAGCAAUGGCAUGAGCCAACAGAAUCAGAGGAUUUGUGAUAGAUGUGGUAGGUCACAUUCUGUUGGGUAUAAUUGUGAUGGCACAGCUCGAAUAUGCUUUAAGUUUGGCAAGCUUGGGCAUCUCUUUGCACAAUGUAGGUCUAAGGGACUGGGAGGUCAGACACCCGGGAAUGGGACUCAGGAAAAGAAGUUAGCGGCUACCCAAGGAUGUGUUUUUGCUCUCCCUAGAGAGGAGGCUGAGGUUGCUCCAUCUGUGGUGCAAGGUACACUCCUUAUAUCAUCUGUACCUGCCAGAGUUUUAAUUGAUUUUGGAUCUACACAUUCUUUUGCUGCACCUAAGCUUCUACGUUGUUUGUCUAUUUCUUGUGAUCCUUUGGAUGCAUAUAUUGCUGUGUCUACUCCAUUAGGAGAAACCGUAGUGUUAGGGGAUGUUUGUAGAUCUUGUGAGAAAGAGUUAGAUGGUUGA